GACUGCAAAGCCAGGAACAAAGGUUAGUAAGGUUUGGCUUCCUCAGUGUAGCUAAUAUCUUUGCUUUCCCUACACUCCUCAUCACUACAUCAAUCUUUUCACUAAGCGCACACACAAAUCUACUCAAUGGCUCCACCUGAAGUUCCGGUAGAUGUGUUCACGGCCACCAGCAAGGUCUUGACGUUGAGUGCAGGCUACUCCAAGAGGGCCUAUGUGACAUUCUUAGCCGGUAAUGGUGACUACGUCAAAGGAGUCGUGGGAUUGGCUAAGGGUUUGCGCAAGGUGAAGACUGCCUACCCUUUAGUGGUUGCAAUAUUGCCUGACGUCCCGGAAGAACACCGUGAGAUUUUGAAGUCUCAAGGUUGUAUUGUUCGUGAGAUCGUGCCAAUUUAUCCUCCUAAGAACCAAGUCGAGUUUGCUAUGGCAUAUUAUGUCAUCAACUACUCCAAGCUCCGGAUUUGGAAUUUUGAGGAGUACAGCAAGAUGAUAUAUUUGGAUGCGGACAUCCAAGUGUACAACAACAUAGAUCACCUCUUUGACACUCCUGAUGGAUACUUCUAUGCCGUGAUGGAUUGCUUCUGUGAACAUACAUGGAGUCACUCGCCGCAGUACAAAGUUGGGUAUUGCCAGCAGUGCCCAGACAAGGUUACAUGGCCGGCCGAGAUGGGUUCUCCUCCUCCGUUGUACUUCAACGCCGGCAUGUUUGUGUUUGAGCCUAAUCGUUUGACCUACGAAAGCCUUCUCGAGAAUCUCCUGGUUGUUCCUCCCACACCUUUUGCAGAGCAAGAUUUCUUGAACAUGUUCUUCCAAAAGACUUACAAGCCCAUCCCUCUUGCAUACAACCUAGUUCUGGCCAUGCUGUGGCGCCACCCAGAGAAUGUGAAGCUUGAUGAAGUAAACGUUGUCCACUACUGUGCUGCUGGAUCAAAGCCAUGGAGGUACACCGGCGUAGAAGAAAACAUGCAGAGAGAGGACAUCAAGAUGUUAGUAGCAAAAUGGUGGGAAGUUUAUAACGACGAGUCCCUGGAUUUCAAAGCUGAUCAACCCCCGGCUGCUGCAGAAGAUCAAACUUUCUCCAAGUCGUUGAUCAUGGGUUCGAUGCCUCAUGGGACUGCCAUGACUUACAUCCCUGCACCCACUGCUGCUUGAAAUAUGAUUUUGAAAGAUUACUUCUAAUAGUUCAAAAGUUGGUGUGAUCAGUACUAAUCAUCUUCUUUACUCUUUUCUGGGUUGCUUGGCCUUUAUUUUCUUGGUCCUUAGAGUACGCAGAAACCACAUACCUAUUUAUACAUGAUAUUACCUCUUUGGCAAAAGAAGUAUAACUUUUGCCUUGGCGUAUUGGAGGAUUUGAUAUGUAUUAAGACUUCACUUAAUAUACGUGUUUUAUAGUUU